AUGAGUCUUACGUACGGACAGCUCAACGCCCAGGCCAAUGCCGUCGCGCGAUUGCUGACUGAGGUGGGCGUUCGUGUUGGCACUCGAGUGGCGGUGAUCAUGGAGCGUUGCCUGGAGUUUCCUAUUGGCAUGUUGGCUGUGCUUAAGGCGGGUGGUACCAUGAUGCCAAUGGAUGCAUCGUUUCCGGCUAAUCGUUUGUCUUAUAUGGUGUCCGAUGGUAACGCAAUCGCAGUUGUAACAACGAAAGCAAGCCUAGCGACCGUGGAAGACAUGAAUUUGUCGAUUGCAGUGAUGUGCCUGGAUUCGUCUGAGCUCGCGUUGCAAGACGCAGAGUUUUCUCCGGCGGCAAAUCAAGUUGCAGCUGGCGACGACGAAGCGUAUGUUGUGUACACGUCGGGGUCUACCGGCAAACCCAAGGGUGUUCCUGUCUUGCACAAGGGUGCCGCCAACUUUAUACUCCACAUCUCUUCCAAAUUGGACGUGCAUGGUGCGCGUGUUCUUCAAUUCUUGGCCAUGGGCUUUGACGGUUGCCAAUGGGAAACCUGGAUGGCAUUCUCGACUGCCUCGGUAUUGGUGCUGCGCUCAAACGACUUGGAAAACGAUUUCCAAAACGUGAAUGCAAUGGUCCAGACUGCAACGGGAUUAACUUUGAUGGGCGACCCGCUCAAGUACCCGAACUUGAAGUUGAUUUGCGUUGGUGGCGAAGCCAUGACUCCCCACUUGCGAGACGCAUGGUCCGAUCACGUGUGCCUUGUCCAUGCGUACGGUCCAAGCGAAGCCAGCAUCAUCACUCAUGCCCAGGUAAUUGAGCCGACCAGUCAACUCACGGUCGGCGGUCCGAUAUCGAAUGUGACUUCGUACAUUCUGGACGAAAACCUUACGUGGGCGUUCGUGUCGGCACUCGUGUGGCUGUGA